AUGAAUAAUUAUACUCUCAAGAAUCCUACUGCUAUCGGUAGAGAGUAUAUGCUCUUACGCACAAAAACAGGCAUCACGGUUGAUCCUGAUACAUCUUUCAUAAAUGCAUCUGACGCAUGGUGGACUGAACAAGAGUUUGGAUGCAAAUUAACAAAAAGCUUGAACCGAAAACCGCCUGUAUUUUGGGACGUGAUGCAACGAUGUCUCGUAGUACAUGAUGUUCAAUCACAAUCUCAACAUUCUGCUCGUCAAAGAAGAGAACAAUUGAUCCACGAGCAUGGAGUUGAUGAAGAAGGUGAAGAUUACUCAGAUAGUGACAGUGGUAACAUGCCACAAACCGAGGUUCCUGAAACGCAAGAAGAAGAAGAAGUGUAUCGUGUUACCAUUGAUGAUGAUGAAAUAUUCCAAAAUUCUGCUGCUAGAAGGCAACAACGAGGUAGGCCAAAUUUUUGGUCAACCGCUAGACGUGGAAGUAGUGCACAAAGAUCUGGAGGAAGCUCACGAGUUUCUAUUGGAAGUGGUUCACGAGGAAGUCAGAGACGACAAUCCUUUGAAACAACAAUACAAGACAUCAUCACUGGCUUCAGAGAAUUCCAACGACAAAGUUUUCAACAACUUCGUCCUGCUGCAAGCACUGACGAGGAUAAGGUACAACUGUUAGAAGCUAUGACUGGUGUUUCACGCAACAACCAAGAUGUGCUAAAACAGUUGGGUUCAGACCAUUCAUUUGGGAGUCCACAUUUAGGAGGUAUAUCAUCUAGAAGUCCAUCCUCCGUUGGUAAUAAUUUGGGAGGGCAAAAUUCACCCGGUUUUUGGGGUCCCAAUUAUCCACAGUGGGGAACACCACCAAACGUUGCACAGUGA